AUGUCUCAAGAAUUCUAUCAAUCCGAUGCCUCUAUGGAGGGCAUGUACGAAGAAAAUGGGGAUACCGUCAUGGAAGAAAUAGAGCCCAAUAUUCGUGAAGGACAAGAUAAUUGGCAAGAGUUGGUGGCUCUGGUGUACGGAAGAAUGACAAGAAGCAUGUUAACCACCGCCGACAACACAGAGCCGGUGUUGAUGAAAGUGAUUGCCCAAGGGGAUCUAGUUGGAGCACAGCGUAUUGCCCAGUUGCUUACAUUUGCACAAGACUCUGCACAUAUGAAUGAUGAAGACAUGGCCACAUCACUUGGGUGUAUUCCAGCAGACGAAGAUAAAGCUUUUGUUGGUACACGUUACUAUGUUCGCUCUGCACAACUCAUGGCUGCUGCUUUGAGACAAGUCGCCAUUGUCUAUGAAGCAAGAUACGCUGAUCCUUACCUUGUUCAAGCCAUCAACAACAAUAUCCUUGCUGGUGUGCCGGAUGAGCAAAUGGUUUUCUUGCGGUACAUCGGCUGUACAACCGCUUCUCUUCCAACUGAGCGAGAGCAUACUGAUUCCAAUGCUGUGCUACAAACCCGACUUGGCAACUUCAUGCAAGCAGCUCAAGCAGCCAAUCACCCUUUGAAGUUCAGCGUUUAUGAGGUCCCAAGCCUUCGUCUUCCUUGCGAACACACACUUCUCGAUACGCAUGAACAAGUGUUGUUACAUAUCUUUGAUCGUUCAGUUUGUCUCAAUUCACAGCCUGGUGGCUUCUACCGUUCUUAUCAACCAUCAAAUGAAGAUAACGAGCUGUUGAUGCGAGUUUUGGCUAAAGGGUUGGAGCAACUUCAACAUGUAUUCUUUGGCCCCGUGCAGGCGCAAGAUACCGUACGUAAGACCGAAAUGGAGUUUUUGUUCUAUGAACUAUACAAAAAAAGGCUACCAACAAUUGACGUGCAGCGAGCUGGUAUGAUUGGUGACGAGCACAUACGUCUCUUUGGCACUCAAGCUGCUCCUGGUCAGUCUCAAGCAACCAACUCCACUCCGCUUCUUAUCUUUGCCAGGGACAUUACAAGGGAAGAUGGUGCGUUGGUACGAGGUUUUUUUGAUGGAUCAAGAGCAGGCCAGCUUACACGAGACCUCAUCGCUUCGUGUCUUGGAUCGUAUCAAGUGAGAGAUAACUUUGCACCUCCUCCAUCAUUUAAUCUUUUCAACUGUCAGCCUUUUGAGCGGAACGAGCAGGCCAACAGGGAUCCUUUUGAAGAAGCUGCUGCUGCUGUCGUUCGACGAGCGAAUCCAUUUGUUGUAUCCACCCUUGGUUUUGAUCCUCAUGCAACAGCAUUUUCAAAUUACCGGGGAAGCUAUUCUUUGGGCUUGGAUGAGUACUUGGAAAAUACCGGAAAGCCAUUUUUAAGCAGUGGUGAUUUGGACUUUGCUUUGGAUGCUCCAGACGGUGAAGACCCUGCACAAAUGCACAUUGUCGUUCCUCACCUGGAUCCUGGCUAUGUCUCCUAUGGAUGUGGUGAUGUAAGGAUACUCCGCUUCAUGCUGCUGACAUGGUGCAGAACAUUGUUGCUUGCAAGUUGUUGUUUGCAGUUGGCAAAUGAUCCUAAUGCUCAAGUCCAACAAGGUACACGGGCUUUUUGCGUUAAGGCCAUCAACAUGGCGUCAAAACGUGAGGAUAAAAACGGGUUCACGCAAGUGUUUAAUCAAGCUAGCAUUCAAGUGCAGAAUAUCAUCCAUGAAACAGUAAAAAAUAGAUCAGAGAAGGCUGCUUUACGUGCAAUGCUAUGUGGUGAUCCUGCGCCUGGUUUUGAAUUUCCAGCAAUCUCUGGUACUAUUGCUGGACGUGCGUCGGUACAAGUAAAUGUUGGUCAUUAUGGCUAUGCUCAAGGUGCACCAAAUUCAGACGAGCGUAUGGCUCAAUGCCGAUCUUUGGAACGACUCAACUAUCCUUUGGUGAGAAGGUUGCGUGGCUACCAAUCCCAUCUACACCACCCAAAUCCAAACAGCGAGUGGAGAACCUUCUUUGCUAGUUUACGUGAAGGCGCAAGCAUCUACCAUUCAAUCCUUGGGCACUUUAGUCAGGAUGCAGAACCUUUACCGGGAUUGACAAGGACACAAACCCGCUCUGGACUCACCCAAUGUAUCGCACCUGAAGGUUGGGUUGGCGGGGAUGAAUGGAAGGAAAAUUCGAAUCUUGUAUUACGAUCAAUAUCGGAAAGGAUGUCUCGUAUUCGUAAAAAGCGUUUGGACCAAGGAUUUACACCAAAUGAUACAUCACGUGAAGCAUAUAGGAGGGCCAAUCUGUUGCAAGAGAACUCUGAUAUUGGACCGAUUACAAAGUUCGAAAGGUCUUUGGUUUAUGUCAACAAGAGUAAAAAGAUCAACAUGUCUGUGUACCUGAACCCUGAUGGAACAGGCCAACGUAGAGGAGGACAAUUCUAUAUCAAUGCUCCUGCUGGGCGCUACUACCUUGACUAUGAUACAAGUGUCAACGCUCAUGCUGUUGUGCUUAAAAACAUUGAUGGAAGCCUUUUUCAACCUUUGUGUGAAAUCUAUGAUUGGGAGAUCUUGCAGCAGUCUCGAGAUGUUGUCUUUCCUGUUUUUGCUCGUACAGUCGCAUAUGCAGGGUGUGUGCUACGCGCGCCAAUUGUUGAAGAAUUGGGGCUCUCACAAGAUGAAUGGUUCACUUAUGAACGGCUUGGCCGAAUGUACCUUGAACAAAUGUGGUUUGCCCAUGCCAAUUCGCCCUUCGACGUUUGUACCGCUCCAGUGGAUGCACCAAGAGUGAUGGUCUCACGAGUAUCCACAACAUUUCAAAGCCAUGUUGGUCAUUUGCAAAGAGGAAUAGAGCCACUUGUAUGGCAACAUCUAUUCAACAACACCAAUCGACUCUUAAAACUACUCAAGACCUGGGCCGAAAUCAGAGUUAUCAAGAGCACCUAUGUUGGUUCCACUGGGGCACCUACAUCUUAUCGCAUUUGGACAAUAACAAAAGUACAUGACUUGUCACCAGCUGCAAAGCGUCAAUCGACAGCCCAUUCAUUCCCAGUAUUCCCAUCGCAUCGCUAUAGCGGCAAAUGUCCAGAAUACAAGCAGCCUGUCGAGAUACAAUCAUACAGCAUCGAUGCCAAUCGUCGGGUGUGGGAUACUAUAUCAAUCCAAAGCUCUUCAUCAAGACCUUUUCUUAGCUGUGGAUACGAUCGUUUCAUCAAGCGUGAUGAGUCCGUGGCUGAACAUUUGGAUACUUUGCUGGAUACAUUGACGACGGCACGUUUGAAUGGAUCACCUGAUGUGGAUCAUGUUGAUAUUGUCACAUGGCGUGGGAUCAUGACCAAGAUCUUUUGUACUCCUUUCACUCGCAAUGAGCCCUGGGAGCUACGUGCAACGCGAUACAAGAAUACCAUCUUUAUGGAAGAGCAAGCAACCGAGCAAAAGUUACGACAAGAACAGACCAUGUCAGAACGUCAAAGGUUGAUGUCCUAUUGGGGAUACAGCUUUGAAUCCAUGUGCACGGCAACCGAACCAAAGGGGGUACCGGAUCCAGAUGAUGUGCCUAAUACCAAUGUCCAAUACCGUGUGGCGGUGAAAACGAGGCUUGGCAGAAACACAAUUGCAAUGGGAGCUGAAGUGGAUUGCAUUGAAGGCGAGAAACCAAAGGAUGGCAAUCUUUUACGGCAAUACGUCGAGCUCAAGACGUCAAGGAGGAUGGAUACCCAGAGACAAAAGGAAAACUUUGAACGUUUUAAGCUUCUCGAGUUUUGGGCGCAGUCCUUUUCGAUUGGUGUUCCCAAGGUGAUUUGCGGGUUUCGAGACGACGAUGAUGUAUUGAGUCAUUUGGAGACUUUCAAGACUUUGGAAAUCCCACGCAAAGUGAGACACGGUACCGGUGCAUGGCGUGCAAAUAAAUUUCUGGAUUGGCUCGAAAAGGUUCUGACAGAAGAUGAUCCUACAGUUACAUAUUCGAUCACGUGGAAUGCACCAUGGAGAGAGAUUCGAGUAUCGCGUGCUGGACAUGUCAAUGUGUUUCUUACACAGAGGUAUCUUGAUGGCGAGACAAGUCAUGAUAUUGGUGGACCUAGAGCACAACAAGGAUCAAGCAGCGAUUAG